GGAGCGGCGCUGAGCGGUCCGGCCCGAGCGUCCCAGCCCUCGCCGCGCCGGGCUCCAGUCCCCAAGUUCACGGGCGCCCCAAGAGGAGUCGGCUCGCGCAGGAGGCAGGUGGCGCCGGCUGGGGCUGGGCGGCGUGGAGCUCGCUCGGCCCCGCGAGGGUUAAGCCGUGCCGGCUCCUGCUGCCCGGCUGGCGGCCAGCUGCCUCCAGGGAGAGGCCGGAGCCGCUGCCCGGACGGACCCGGAGGGACGCCGUCAGCCGGGGCUGCACCGACCUCAGACCCCCUCCCCGCCCCCAUCCCUGCCUCCAGGAGGAGCAGAAAGUGGGGGCUGCCGGUGGGGAGCCCCUGCCAGCUCGGCCCCUCGGGUGGCUGGAGAGCCAGGGGGGCAGCGAGACGCGGAGAUGGCCGAUGAGCCCGCCUGGCUGGACCUGCUGGGCCGGUGGACCUACGGAGUGGACCCCGGUGGGAGAGUCUUCUUCAUCAAUGAUGAGGAAAAGUCAACCAGUUGGGUGCACCCUGGUACGAAAUCCCCCAUCCAGAGUGGAUACUGCUCCAGCCCAGGUUUGCCCAGGGGCUGGGAGAUGGAUUCCACCCGGGAAGGAGCCGUGUACUUCAUCAACCACAAUGAAAGACGGAACACAUUUCUACACCCAGUGACUGGCCAGGUCCCGGAAGAAAACAAAAAAUUUGACUUGAAAACAUCGGCCUUGGACAUGUCCAAUAAAGCAGGUGGGAAACGCCCGGCUACCACCAACAGUGACGUUUCCAACCACAACAUGGUGUCGGAGGUCCCCCCAGAGCGGCCCAGCGUCCGGGCCACCCGGACAUCCCGCAAGGCCAUCGCCUUUGGCAAGCGCUCCCACUCCAUGAAGCGGAACCUCAACACACCUGUCACCAAGGCGGGCUGGCUCUUCAAACAGGCCAGCUCCGGGGUCAAGCAGUGGAACAAGCGCUGGUUCGUCCUGGUGGAUCGCUGCCUCUUCUACUAUAAAGAUGAGAAGGAGGAGAGCAUCCUGGGCAGCAUCCCCCUCCUGAGUUUCCGGGUGGCCGCCGUGCAGCCCUCGGACAACAUCAGCCGGAAACACACCUUUAAGGUGACUGUGUGCUGGGUGGACGAGGCCGGGGCCAGUUCCACGCACUGCCUCUCCCCACAGGCCGAGCACGCGGGGGUCCGCACCUACUUCUUCAGCGCCGAGAGCCCCGAGGAGCAGGAGGCCUGGAUCCAGGCCAUGGGGGAGGCUGCCCGGGUACAGAUCCCCCCAGCCCAGAAGUCCGUGCCCCAAGCUGUGCGUCUCAAUGUACCACCCCACACCCAACUCCGUGCUGGGCUGGAAUCUCUUACGCCAUCUCCCUUGGCACCCUGCAGCCAUGAGAAGCCAGACUCGGAGAACACCCCACCCAGCCAACACCACCACCAGCCGCCUCACAACAGCUUCCCCAACCCCGAGCCGGAGGCCAAGACUCGAGGGGAGGGCGAUGGCCGGGGCUGCGAGAAGGCGGAGAGGAGGCCGGAGAGGCCCGACAUCCAGAGCGAGCCUCUGGUGAAAGCCAAUGGCAUCCAAGCUGGGCCGGAACCAGCCUCAGAGCCAGGCAGCCCUUACCCGGGGGGCCCCAGGGUCCCCGGGGGCGGGGAGCGGCCCCCCCAGCCCAACGGCUGGCAGUACGGCUCCCCAAGCCGGCCAGGGAGCACAGCUUUCCCGCCCCAGGACUCAGAGAGUGGGGGACGCCGGCCGAGCUUCCCCCCACAUGCCAACCCCGACAAGAUUGCCCAGCGCAAGAGCUCCAUGAGCCAGCUCCAGCAGUGGGUGAACCUGCGUCGGGGGGUGCCUCCCCCCGAAGACCUUCGGAGUCCCUCAAGGUUCUACCCUGUGUCCCGCAGGGGCCCUGAGUAUUGUGGCCCCUACUCCUCCCCGUUCCCCGACGAUUACCAGUACUACCCGCCGGGCGUGCGGCCGGACAGCAUCUGCUCCAUGCCCGCCUACGACCGCAUCAGCCCGCCCUGGGCCCUGGAGGACAAGCGCCACUCCUUCCGCAACGGCUGCUACGGGCGGCAGGACGGCACCGUCUGGAUCCCCAGCCCCUCUCGGCAGCCCGUCUAUUACGAUGAGCUGGACGCCGCCUCUGGCUCCCUGCGCCGCCUGUCCUUGCAGCCCCGGUCCCACUCUGUGCCCCGCUCGCCCAGCCAAGGCUCCUACAGUCGCACCCGCAUCUACUCCCCCGUCCGCUCGCCCAGCGCCCGUUUUGAGCGGCUGCCGCCUCGCAGUGAGGACAUCUACGUGGACCCCACCGCCUAUGUGAUGAGACGAUCCAUCAGCUCGCCCAAGUAUGAUUACCUGGGAGACAGGCGGCCAGUCCCUGCAGGACUGUACCCCUACAACUACCCACCACCCCCCACGGUUCACGAUAAGAUGAUGAGUGAGAGUGAGACUCUGAUCAGUAUGGUGAACCGCAUGGUGGAGAGCUCCUCCCCCAGGGCCCAGCUCUUCAUGCAAGUCCCUCCGUACCCAGAAGUGUUCCGGGACAGCGCCCACACCUACAAGUUAAAUGAGCAGGAUACAGACAAGUUGCUGGGCAAAUUGUGUGAGCAGAACAAGGUGGUGAGGGAGCAGGACCGGCUGGUGCAGCAGCUCCGAGCUGAGAAGGAGAGCCUGGAAAGUGCCUUGAUGGGGACCCACCAGGAGCUGGAGAUGUUCGGGAGCCAGCCCGCCUACCCAGAGAAGCUGCUGCACAAGAAAGAGUCCCUGCAGAACCAGCUCAUCAACAUCCGGGUGGAGCUGUCUCAGGCAACCACGGCCCUGACCAACAGCACCACGGAGUACGAGAGCCUCGAGUCGGAGGUCUCUGCCCUGCACGACGACCUCUGGGAACAGCUCAACUUGGACAUCCAGAACGAGGUGCUCAACCGGCAAAUCCAGAAGGAGAUCUGGAGGAUCCAGGACGUGAUGGAGGGGCUCAGGAAGAAUAACCCGUCCCGGGGCACGGACACGGCCAAGCACAGAGGAGGCCUUGGCCCCUCGACCACCUACAGCUCCAACAGCCCUGCCAGCCCUCUCAGCUCCGCCAGCCUCACCAGCCCCCUGAGCCCCUUUUCCCUGGUGUCUGGCUCGCAGGGCUCCCCCACCAAGUCCGGGUCCAAUGAGCCCAAGGCAAGCUAUGACCCAAGCAAGAGAGAGUCCCACCAGACUUCACCCCUGGACACGUCUAGGGACAUCAGCCUUGUGCCUACCCGGCAAGAGGUGGAGGCAGACAAGCAGACAGCUCUCAACAAAGUUGGCAUUGUGCCCCCGCGGACAAAGUCGCCCGCUGAGGAAGAGGUGACCCCCGCAGGGGUGGUGAGGAGGAAUGCUAACGGGCUCCCCAAUGGCCUCUCUGCCCGGCAGGAGCGCCCCAAGAGCGCGGUGUUCCCGGGCGAGGGCAAGGUGAAGAUGAGCGUGGAGGAGCAGAUCGACCGCAUGCGGCGCCACCAGAGCGGCUCCAUGAAGGAGAAGCGGAGGAGCCUGCAGCUUCCCGCCAGCCCUGCCCCCGACCCCAGCCCCCGGCCAGCCUACAAAGUGGUGCGUCGUCACCGCAGCAUCCAUGAGGUGGACAUCUCCAACCUGGAGGCCGCCCUGCGGGCGGAGGAGCCUGGCGGGCAGGCCUACGAGACGCCGAGGGAGGAGAUCGCCCGGCUUCGCAAGAUGGAGCUGGAGCCCCAGCACUACGACGUGGACAUCAACAAGGAGCUCUCCACCCCCGACAAAGUCCUCAUCCCUGAGCGGUACAUCGACCUGGAGCCGGACACGCCCCUGAGCCCCGAGGAGCUGAAGGAGAAGCAGAAGAAGGUGGAAAGGAUCAAGACGCUCAUUGCCAAGUCCAGUAUGCAGAACGUGGUGCCCGCUGGCGAGGGGGACCUUGUGGACGUGCCCCAGGACUCAGAGAGCCAGCUGCAGGAGCAGGAGAAGCGGAUUGAAAUCUCCUGCGCCCUGGCGACCGAGGCCUCCCGCAGGGGCCGCAUGCUGUCUGUGCAAUGCGCCACCCCAAGCCCUCCCACCUCCCCUGCCUCCCCGACUUCACCAGCCAACCCCCUCUCGUCUGAAUCCCCACGGGGCACCGACAGCAGCCAUGCCAUGCGGGUCUGAGCUCAGACUGCAAGCCCUGGCAGAGGCCACCGCCGCGAAGCUCCACAGAGCCACCUUCUGAAGCCCUCCGCGAGGCCCCGGCCCCUCCCCGGCCCGGCCCCCUGCUCUCCUGGGAAAACUGCGAAGAGCCAGGCUGAGGGCCAGGGCUGCCGCCGAGCGGAGAACGGAGCACGGAUGCUUCGGCCCCAAAGCCCUCGCUGCUCAGACAGGUCCCUCUGGUCCUGAGCCUGGGCCUGAGACGGAGCAGAAAGCAUCCUGUCUGAUGCCCAAGUCACAGGGCGCCCAGGCCUGAUGGCUGGGGUGUGAUGGCCCUACUGGAACAUUCCCUGAUGGAGAAGACGCCCUGGUGGGGAAGAUGCUCUGGACCAUCUUAGGUUAGGACGAGAGGUGAGGAGCAGAGGGGCACUCUGCCUCUUCCCACCCUCCUUGACACCAGGACAGCACCUGCCAUCAUCCCCUCCCCGUCAGCCCUUACCGCCCAUGGCCCCCGCUGUGCCGGGGGCUGUGAUCCCUGCUGUGGGUGCCCUUUGCGGUCCCGUGGAGACUAACCACUCUGUCCGAGCCAAAGACGAGAUGACAAGAGAUGGGGCGAGGCACCUUGGCUCCCCGGGGGCCGGGGCAGGCUGGGAUAGAGAGCAGGUCUGGGCAGUGUCUGGGGAGGUCGGGAAGGGGGAAGAGAAGGAAGGGAGGUCCUAGGAAAGGAAGGGAAAGAAGCGGCAGGGCUCAUUUGCAAGUAAGAGGACAGAGAUGGAGAGAGGAUGGGAAUGGUUUCCCGGGUGCGCCUCAGCGUGGUGCCAAGUCCUGUGCCACACUGUCGGCUUGGCCCUUCCCACCUUGUCCCCAGGCCGAUGCCGAGGCCCCAGGAGGCCUCACCAGUGAGCACACGGUGGCCUUCAGCUGAAGUGCUUGGC